AUGACUUUGGUUUCAACUUACAGAAGAUUGAAAGUCAGAGGCACUUCGUGUAACGGGUUUGGUGCAGACCCGUUUGGCUCAGGUUACGCGCACAUAAAACAACCUGUUGCUCAGCACAAAUUAGCCUCCGAGAAAACACAGGAACAGCUGGGAAAUCUCAGUACCAUUUUGCUACUGGAGGGAGUCUCCUCUAUUGUGUUAGAGCAUGUUCAGACACAUUGGAGGCAGCUUUACAAACUGGGCGUGGUGGAAACUGAAGGUGGUCGUGUGGAAGGAACCAAUAAACGAGAUGGGUUUUUCGCAUCGUUGGAUAUUUUCAAAGGGAUUCCUUUUGCGGCAACUCCAAAGCGAUUUGAGAAAGCUGAACCCCAUCCUGGAUGGUCUGAUGUUCUGAAAGCCAAUGAUUUCAAACCCAGAUGUUUGCAGACCAUCUUGUCACGGGAUACUGUCUUUGGGAGUGAAGAUUGUCUCUACCUGAACAUCUGGGUCCCUCAUGGGAAAAAAGUGUCCACUGAUCUGCCAGUCAUGAUCUGGAUCUAUGGAGGGGGUUUCCUGGCGGGAGCGGCACAAGGACCCAACUUCCUGAACAACUACCUGUAUGAUGGUAGGGAGAUCGCAUCCCGUGGUAAAGUGAUCGUUGUCACCUUCAACUAUCGGGUUGGCCCUUUGGGCUUCCUAAGCACAGGAGAUGCCAAUGCACCAGGUAACCAAGGUCUGUGGGACCAGCACAUGGCCAUCAGUUGGGUGAAGAGAAAUAUUGCCGCGUUUGGUGGGGACCCAAAUAAAAUCACCCUCUUUGGAGAGUCAGCAGGAGGCACGAGUGUCUCCUUCCAGACCUUGUCACCAUAUAAUAAAGGACUAAUAAAACGAGCAAUUUCACAGAGUGGGGUAGCCACAUGUGCCUGGACAGUUCAGAGAAACCCCAUGCACUGGGCACAACAGGUUGCUCAGAAAGUCGGCUGUCCAAGAGAUGACCCUGCUGCUAUGGUGGCCUGUCUGAAGAUCACAGACCCCAAAGCUGUCACUCUGGCUAUACCCUUGAAGCUCACAAACUUGGAAACUCCGUUAGUAUUCUACCUGUUAUGGUCUCCAGUCAUUGAUGGAGACUUUAUUCCUGAUGAGCCAAAGGAGCUCUAUCGCAACGCUGCUGGUAUCGAUUAUAUCGCCGGUGUUAACAAUAUGGAUGGACAUGUUUUUGCUGGCUUGGAUGUUCAUUCAAUCAAUGAGGCUGGGCUAGGAAAGACCUACCCGAGCGACUUGUAUAAUUUGAUUCGCGGUCUGACCAUAGACAAAGGUGAAAAAGGUGCCAACUUAACUUAUGCGCAAUACACCAAGGACUGGCCUACCAAUCCAAGUCAAGAGACCAUUAAAAGGACAGUAGUGGAGUUGGAGACAGAUGUUCUCUUCUUGGUCCCCACACAAUUGGCUCUUGAUCUUCAUUCUCAGCAUGCUCAGGGAGCCAAGACAUUCAGCUACUUGUUUUCCUACCCCUCCCGGGCUCCUAUAUAUCCCAAAUGGGUGGGAGCUGAUCAUGCCGAUGACCUCCAAUACGUCUUUGGAAAACCAUUUGCUACUCCACUUGGAUACCGGCCAAGGGACAGAAAUGUUUCAAGAAAUAUAAUUGCGUACUGGACCAAUUUUGCUCAUACUGGUGAUCCGAGUAGGGGUGAAUCUAAAGUGCCCACCCCAUGGAUCCCUUACACAUCAACGUACACCCAGUACCUGGAAAUUGACAAGGACAUCAACAUGAACUCCAUCAAGCAACGGCUUCACUACGAGGCUGUCAACUUCUGGAACCAGACGUAUACUGCUAUUGAAGUGACACCUUAA